GAGAGAGAGAGAGAGAGAGAGUUUUCUCUUCUCAUGUGGGGUUGUCUCUCAGACCAUAUGGCCAGCAUGACCCGCUGGUUUCCCACUGGAGUUUGUUCUGCUCUUCUCUCAGAUGGCGAGCAUGAGCAUGUCUAUAUGAGCCUCCUCUCUGCGCCACCAGCUUCACGAGGAGCUGAGAUUGAGGGGAUCGUCAUUCUCUGAAUCGCUCCACGGAGUCCCCUACCACUCCCCCAACACGAAGCAGCGGUUUUCGAUGCCGUACAAGUCUCAGAAGUAGUACUCUGUUCUUGCACUGACAGGGCAACGACGAUCCAGAAUCCAGUGCAACGCUCCUAUUUUGGUCUAAGAAAAGAAUUUCCGUCUCGAUUUCUUCAUUUGCGCAGACACGGACAAGUCGCUUGUGUUUCCGCGAAGUGCUGUCCUGCUGAUUUUCCUGCCAACAUUUCCGCAGAUCUUGCGAUUGAGACAUACUCACUCGGUAGAGCGUGAAGUGUAAUCAGUUGAUCACUCUCGCACGGCGAGAUGGAAAAGGAGAAGAGGAGGAGCUGGUUCGAGCGCAUCAAGCGGCUCUUCACCUCCGAGCCCAAGCAGAAACCCAAGCCAGACAAGAAGAAGGCGAAAAGCAAGAGGUGGCUGCCGGGCAAGCUCCGGACCCAGCGGUCUUUUGCCCUGCCGGCUCCGGCGCCGGCCGACCAGAUCGGGCAGGCGGAGGACGAGCAGAGCAAGCACGCCAUGGCAGUCGCCCUCGCCACCGCGGCGGCCGCGCACGCGGCUGCCGAGGUUGUCCGCCUCACCUGCCAGCCAGCUUUGGCGGCGGUGACGGCGUGUCAGCCGUCCAGCGAAGAACAGGCCGCCGUGGCCAUCCAAUCGGCUUACCGUGGGUACCUGGCUCGGAGGGCGUUGCGCGCGCUCAAGGGGCUGGUGCGGCUGCAGGCAAUGAUCCGCGGGCAGGCGGUGCGGCGGCAGACGGCGGCCACCCUGCGCGGGCUCGAGUCCCUCGUGAAGAUCCAGGCCCGGCACCGCUCCAGGGCCGACCCCAACGACCCGCCGCCGGACGACGACGCCCUGGUGAUGCUGAGGCGAGGCCGGGAGCUCUACGCCGCCGCGGUGCACGAGCAGGAGCAGGAGAGCAAGGGGUGGGACAGCAGCACCUUCUCAAAGGAAGAGAUGCGCGCCAUGAUGAGGAGCAGGGAGGAGGCCGCUUUGAAGCGCGUGCGCGCCCUCCAGUAUGCCUCGCUGCAAAAUGAGAAGAUUGGAACCACCAGAAGGCAGCCGAUUCCCAGAGACGAGAUGGAGACGCUCAACCAGCGGUGGAGCUGGCUGGAGGAGUGGGUCGGCUCCCAGCCGUUCGACAAGGAUGUCCCCGUGGCGCACCAGUCCCCAUUCAGGGACGCCGCCGCCGCCAAGAACCAGCAGCCGGCUCGCGCCAGGGUCGCCGACCCGCUCGCCUGCCUCGGUGCGCAGCACCACGCCGACGACGACCGGCUCGGCUGCUCGGCCCGGAGGUCCUUCGUCCGGCCCAGGCGGACGCCCGCGAGGGGGGACUACUGCUACUACGACGACGCGGCCGCGUGCUCGCCGGCGGCGUUCCCGGGGUACAUGGCAUCCACGGCGUCCGCCAUGGCCAAGUUCCGGUCCAUGAGCACGCCGAAGGAGCGCUUCUCGGGUGCAUCGGACGCCUACUCGGAGCACUGCUUCCAGUUCCCCGGCCGCAUGCUGUCGCCGAUCCCCUCCAUGUCGCCCAUCCCGUCCAUCGCCAGCGACAUCGGCUUCACGAGGUCCACCAGGCCGCCCAUCGCGCAGCGGUCGCCGAGGGUGGUGAAGGGCCCCAUGACGCCGGCAAGGUCGCGGUCCCGGAGGUCGCCGAGCCACCAUAGCUUUGGCUCCGAAGCGGCGCUGCACCAGCUGCAGAUGGAGCACUACACUCCAGUUCGGUGAACAAAAAAGUGCUCGUAAUGCUGCAACGAAGCAUGCAUCGAACAGAUCGACCGGUGGUUCAUUUGUGAGCAAAUUUCAAGUUCAUGAUGCUCCCAUUGUUUUGUUUGUUCACCUUUCUUACCAGAAGGGCUCAAAUAUUAGUAAUUAUGCGAUGAAGAUGAACAAUGAAAUAUGGAUCUGCAAACUUUGGUAACAAGUGCCAAAUGUGCCAAGAUGAUGGAAGAACUCAAGUAUCAAGUUAUAUGAAUCAUGACACACUCAUGGGUGCAACCAUACCUCCUAUUCCGAAGAUGUUCCUCGAUGACUAAUAUCCCAAACUGAUUUUAAAUGAACACAACCACAUUGACACGCAGAUUGCAAACAUGGUUCGGAGAUGCAAAAUCAUUUUGCAUUCAGAAACAAUACAGUCCAUCCCAGAUUUGUUUUACACAUGGAGUAUCUGAGCAGUAAACUACUUGCGCACCCAAUCGCAGAGUGGAGCAAACCUCAAAAUAUCAUUCGCGUGCGAUUCUACAUCACGGUGGCUACAAGUUGCUGAUCCAACAAUGCAGUGAUCCGGUAAGAAAAAAUGGAGUGAUCUAGUCAAAGGAAAAAAAACAAUGCAGUGAUGAUACGACUAUUGAUCCAACAAUGUUGACAGGAAAAAUGUCUAUAUAUUCCCUUAAUCAAUACAAGG